GGAGAAGCCAGGAAGAAAAUGGCGGCCGUGGCUGCAGAGGCGGCAGCGACUGCAGCGUCCCCCGGGGAGGGGGGCGCCGGCGAGGCCGAGCCGGAGAUGGAGCCCAUCCCCGGCAGCGAGGCCGGUACUGACACCCUCCCGGUCACGGCCACUGAAGCAUCUGUGCCGGACGGCGAGGCCGACGGGCAGCCGUCCGCUCCUCAGGCCGACGAGCCGCCGCUCUCGUCGCCGCGGGAGCUUGCUCGCAGCCCGGAGGCGGCGGGGCCGAAGCUGGAGGCUGAGGAGAAGCUGCCCGCCCAGGUGGUGGAGGCGGCGGCAGCCGCGCCUCAGGAAGGGCUCGACCUUCCCCCUUCCCCCGCGCCACCGCCCGAGCAGCCCCCGGCUCCCGAGGAGCGCCAGGAGCCGCCGCUGCCCCAGCCCGCAGCCCCGGCGCUGGUGCCGCCGGCGGGCGGGGACUCCGCGGUGUCGCAACUCAUCCCCGGCUCGGAGGUGCGGGUCACGCUGGACCACAUCAUUGAGGACGCGCUCGUCGUGUCGUUCCGCCUUGGGGAGAAGCUCUUCUCCGGGGUCCUCAUGGAUCUGUCCAAAAGGUUUGGGCCCCACGGGAUUCCUGUGACAGUAUUUCCCAAAAGGGAAUAUAAGGAUAAACCUGAAGCCAUGCAGCUCCAAAGUAAUACAUUCCAAGAAGGGACGGAAGUCAAGUGUGAAGUGAAUGGUGCUGUUCCCAACGACCCUUCUCCUGUCCCGCCGCCUGAGCCGAGCUUGGCUGAAAGCCUGUGGACUUCCAAACCACCACCACUCUUCCAUGAAGGAGCACCUUACCCUCCCCCUUUGUUUAUCAGGGACACAUAUAACCAGUCAAUACCUCAGCCACCUCCUCGGAAAAUUAAGCGACCCAAACGAAAAAUGUACAGGGAAGAAUCUACUUCAAUAAUGAAUGCUAUUAAACUACGACCCAGGCAGGUCCUAUGUGACAAAUGUAAAAACAGUGUUGUUGCUGAAAAAAAGGAAAUUAGAAAAGGUAGUAGUGCAAGUGACUCUUCUAAAUAUGAAGAUAGAAAACGGAGAAAUGAAAGCAUAACUACUGUGAACAAAAAACUGAAAGCUGACCAUAAAGUGGAUGGGAAAAACCAAAAUGAAAGCCAGAAAAGAAAUGCUGUGGUUAAGGUUUCAAAUAUUGCUCACAGCAGAGGCAGAGUAGUCAAAGUUCCUGCUCAGGCGAAUACAUCAAAAGCUCAGUUAAGUACUAAAAAAGUGCUCCAGAGUAAGAACAUGGAUCAUGCAAAAGCUCGGGAAGUGUUAAAAAUUGCCAAAGAAAAGGCACAAAAGAAGCAAAGUGAAACCUCUGCGUCCAGAAAUGCACAUUCAAAAGUCCAUUUCACACGUCGAUAUCAGAAUCCUAGCUCAGGUUCCCUUCCACCCCGGGUUCGUUUAAAACCACAAAGGUACAGGAAUGAAGAAAAUGACUCUUCUCUGAAGACGGGACUUGAGAAAAUGCGGAGUGGCAAGCUGGCACCCAAGCCCCAGUCUCGUUGCACCUCUACCCGCUCAGCAGCACAAAGACAUUAGCAGGCUGCUGGUUUCAUGGACCUGUACCACAAUGACACAGAGAACACCAGAGCACCAGGAUUGAAUGAAAUUGGAGACUCAGAUUUUUAAAGCUGCACUAAGAAGUAAAUGUUCAGGCAGUGGUUAAAACCAACAGUCUCUAAAGGGCACCUGUAAAUUGUGCUAUAUUAAACCGAAGAAAAGGUAUUAGGGGGAAUGUUUUCUAAAACAAACUUUUGCAAUAAAUUAUGCAUGAGUUGAGGAGAAAAGUGAUGUGAAAUACGCACACAAGAACUCAUUUUAUGUGCGAAGACAGUAACUUCUUUUGAUUGUGAAGUUCUUAUCAGGAGUUUGGACAGACCUACAAGGCAUGGGAUGAUGGCAGAAAUGUUGAAUUAUCUUUCAUACUAAAACUGUUCUUUCUCCAAGGUUUAUGUUACUCAGUUCAGAUAUGAGCAAAGGUAUUUCUAAAAUGACUCGCCUGUGAAACCAGUGGUCACAUAUGCUGAGGCCAGUGUUUCCCUUCAGGGUGCCCCUGGAAACGACAGGAAAGAUUUAACAUCAUCCUAAAAGGAUGGCAAGGUACCCUCACCCCGAAAAUUUGGACGUUUCUUUCUUUGAUAAAGCAGGGCUGUAUUACCUUAAUACAUAUUAAGAUGUAUUUAUUUGCCACAAGUAUUUAACAUUUUGUGCACAUUUUCAUAAUCCCAUUCUUAACUUCUAAAUUCUGAGUCAGAGUAGAUAGGCUAGUGUUGAUCUCAGAGUGAUGUAUACUCUGAGAGCUAGUUCUGAAAUCUGAGCUGAAAAGGUGUUUACUCUUCCUAUCAUUACUGAUUUUAUUUAGAUCCUAAAAGGUGAAGAGUCUGAAUUCUGAUGUGGCUCUCCCCCCCCAGAGCUCCUCCUUCUGUGUAAGUGCAAGAAAUGCUUACAGGUGUCAGGUGGGGCUUAUCCCUGGGGAACUAGCAGCAGAAACAGACCCAUAAAAGAUGGUGUCAGGCUUUUCAUGAAUUAUCUUUGGAAAAUACAUAUAAAAAGAAACCUUAAUUUUUCUUUUUUAAUGAGCGGAGAUAACCAGAUUGACCUGCUAGUGCUACAUUUUUAAGGUAUUUUAUAUUUGAUGGUGCCGUACUUUCAAUAAUAAUAAAAACUGAAGUUUUUUAGUGGCAAUACCAAUUUAUUUUUUAAACCAGAAAGAUAAUCCUUAUUGAUUACUUAAAAAAAAAAAAAAAAAAGCCAAAAAACAAUUCAUUUAAAGCAACAUAACCGAGCAUUUGGCUUAAGUGUUCAAACUUUCCAUAAUCUUACUGUAUAGGUUUAGAAUUACUGAACUCCAUACUCAGGAUUAAUAAAAGGUUCUGGGGGAGUUUUAGAACAUUUAAUAUACCUAAGGACUUGUUUCACAACUCAAAGAAGAAAAGGUAGGCACUCUUGUUUCUGUGAGUAAUGCAAAUCCUAAUUACACUGUAAGUAAUUAAAAGUUGUGAUUGCAUUCUAAAAUUGUCUUUUUGGAAAAGUAUUUAUCAUGAAGUCAUUAUACAUAUGAUGAAAUCUGAAAAAGCUCAGGAACUAUGCCAGCAGGGAGUCAAAGAUUACAGGCCGCAGUGGCACCAGACUCUCUGCCCAUCUUGUCUUUAGCUGUAUUACCACCAGCAGUACCUUCCAGACUCCCCUCAAGAACCAGACAACUGCCAUGUGAGUUGUAUAAUCAAGAGUUUUAAGUAAGCUUUAGCAUUAUUUGUGCAGAGUGAUGGAAAUGAUAAAAGGCAAAAAAAAAAAUUGAGAGAUCAGGCUUUAAAGAUCUAUUUUUUUCUCAUGAUAAAUUCUCAAAAGGUGUUUUGUUAUAAACCAGAUUUUCAUUAAAAAAAAAAAAAAGAAACUUGGUGGUAUUUAAAAUCUAGGACAUACCAUGUUGCUAUUUCACUUUCAUUGCUUUAGUUGCUUAAUAUUUAAGCUAUGCUUCAUGCUACCUUUGUAUUUCAAAUCUUCAGAAGCCUAUUUCAUUUUGUAGACUUGAAUGACAAAUUUGUUUCUCAUCUAAAGUAUGCUGAGACAUAAAUGUUAAAAGAAUGUUGUGUAACAUCCAAUAAAGUCUUGAUAUUUUUAAAAAUUUAAUUAUUUAUAAACUAUUUACUUUCUAGGAAUUAGGUUUUAAAGGUUAUUUUUUCUCACUAUUGAAAUUCAACCACUAGGUGUCCUUUAAGGAGCUGUUUUAAGUAGCAUUGCUUCCUUAGGAGAACCUGUAAGUUCUUCAUCACUGGAGGGAUUUUAUGGGACUUCUUUAUGUCUAAGCCUGGAGGAAUGUGAAUGAUGGAAACAAGUAUCUACUGCUGGGUUGGUUGUUUUUUUAAAGGAGUCCUGCCCUUAUGGAUAAUUGGUUGCUUCUUUAGAAGCCCAGCACAUCCAAUGUGAAAAAGUGAGGUCAAGUGUUUGAUCAGAAACACUCAGCUGUAAGGGAAAAAGUAGCCUCUUAAAACUUCCCAGACAAUUGAAGUUUUUCAGCACUGACCCCAAAACUCAGGUCAGUGUGUGUUUUUCCAUUUGUGUAAAGCAAUCCUUUGGAAGGCUGCCAGUUUUUCCAGAGUAUACAUGGAGUUUUUAAUUGCAAACA